CUCCUCCCCACUGCUCUUUGAUCCGCUCCGCAGAGACCAGAGUUCAGUCAGAGUGAGACGCCGGGUCGAGACGCAGUAUAAUACCAGGAGAGGGAUAUCCCAGGAAAAGGGGUGUAUUUGCCCCAAAAUGAGUUCCAGUGAAGAAGAGAACCAUGAUGAUGAGCCUCUGGGAUGUUUGGCAAGGUUGAGUAUGAGGUCACACUCUCCCGUACCGAGCUGUGUGUCCAUGAAGAGUGAUAAGUCCAUGAAUCAUCCAGUUAACUUUGCAGAAGGAGGUGUUCCUGCUGGUCAGAGCUCCAUCCAGCAGAAGAGAUCACACUCUCCCGUACCGAGCUGUGUGUCCAUGAAGAGUGACCAUUAUUAUGGCAAAAUAUUCUCCAUCCAGGAGAAGAGAUCACACUCUCCUGUACCGAGCUGUGUGUCAAUGAAGAGUGACCAGUCCAUGGAUCCUCCACUUCGCUUUGCAGAAGGAGGUGUUCCUGCUGGUCAGAGAUACCAACCUGGUCUGGUAAAUGUGGAAAUGCAGCAGAUCCACAAAUCCCAUCUUCAGAAGAAGUUUCAGUGUCUGACUGAGGGAAUCACAAAGCAGGGAGAUGCCAGACUCCUCCAUGAGAUCUACACAGCGCUCUACAUCACAGAGGGGGGAGGAGGAGAGGUCAAUGAUGAACAUGAGGUCAGACAGAUAGAGAGAGCAUCCUGGAGAGAAGCAGCACCAGACACACCAAUCAACUGCAGUGACAUCUUUAAACCCUUAUCUGGACAAUACAAACCCAUCAGAAGAGUGCUGACAAAGGGAGUGGCUGGCAUUGGAAAAACAGUCUCUGUGCAGAAGUUCAUUCUGGACUGGGCUGAAGGGAAAGAGAAUCAAGAUGUCCACUUCAUAUUGCCUCUCCCUUUCCGAGAGCUGAACCUGAUGAAGGAGAAAAAACUCAGUCUGGUGGAGCUUAUUCAGCACUUUUUCCCUGAAAUUACGGAUCCAAGAUUCUUCUCUGGUUUAGAGCAUGUCAUGUUCAUCUUUGAUGGUCUGGAUGAGUGUCGACUUCCUCUACAUUUCAACUCCAACCCAAGGUGUUGUGAUGUGACCGAGCCAGUCUCAGUGGAUGUGCUGCUGACAAACCUCAUCAAGGGGAAUCUGCUUCCCUCUGCUCUCCUCUGGAUCACCACCCGACCAGCAGCAGCCAAUCAGAUUCCUCCUGAGUGUGUGGACCAGGUGACAGAAAUAAGGGGAUUCAACGACCCACAGAAAGAGGAGUACUUCAGGAAGAGAAUCAGUGAUGAGAACCUGGCCAGCAGAACUAUCACACACCUGAAGUCAUCCAGGAGCCUCUACAUCAUGUGCCACAUUCCAGUCUUCUCCUGGAUUACCGCCACUGUUGUGGAGAGAACAUCAGAUGAAUCUGGGAGUGUAGAAAUGCCAAGGACUUUGACUCAAAUGUACACACACUUCCUGAUCAUUCAGACAAGCAUGAAAAAUGAAAAGUACACAGAGAGAAAAGAGAGAGAUGAAGAGAUGAUUUUCAAACUGGGGAAACUGGCUUUCCAACAGCUGGAGAAGGGCAAUCUGAUCUUCUAUGAGGAAGACGUGAGAGAGUGUGGCAUUGAUGUCACAGAAGCAUCAGUGUACUCAGGAGUGUGUACUCAGAUCUUCAGAGAGGAGUCUGGGCUGUACCAGGGGAAGGUGUUCAGCUUUGUGCAUCUGAGCAUUCAGGAGUUUCUUGCAGCUUUAUAUGUGUUCCUCUGUUUCAGCAACAGAGAGAGAAACAUGCCUGACCAACAGCAAACCUCUCAGCUCUCUGCUCUCUUCAGAGCUGCAACACUUCAUGACCUACACACAACUGCAGUGGAUCUGGCCUUACAGAGUAAGAACGGACACCUGGACCUUUUCCUCCGCUUCCUUCUGGGCCUCUCACUGGAGUCCAAUCAGAAUCUCUUAAGACACCUACUGCCACAGACAAGAAGCCAAUCACAGAGCUCAGAGCAAACAGCCCAGUGUGUCAAACAGAAGAUCAGAGAUCAGGAUACUUCAGACAGAAAGAUCAACCUGUUCUACUGUCUGAAUGAGCUGAAUCACCAUGCUGUAGUGGAGGACAUUGACAGGAGCUCAGGAACUCUGUAUGUGGACAUGCUCUUACCAGGACAGUGGGAGACUAAGAGAUUUGAGUUUAAGAUUCCAAAAGAGCAGCUGGAUGAGUUUGACCUGCAGAAGUACAUAAAGACACCAGAGGAAGAUCUGACUGAACUCCUCAGUCCCGAUGAGGUUCUGCAGAAGCUGGUGCCAGUGGUCACAACAUCCACAUCAGCUCGGCUGCGUGGCUGUGACCUGACAGAGAAGAGCUGUUCCUAUCUGGCCUCUGCCCUGACCUCACACUCCUCAAGUCUCACACAGCUGAACCUGGAGGGCAAUGAGCUGCUGGGAGACUCAGGAGUGGAACUUUUAUGUUCUGCUCUUUCUCAUCAAAACUGCAAACUGGAGGAACUACAGCUGCAGUUCUGUGACCUGACAGAGAAGAGCUGUUCCUAUCUGGCCUCUGCCCUGACCUCACACUCCUCAAGUCUCACACUGCUGGACCUGGGGGGCAAUAAGCUGCUGGGAGACUCAGGAGUGGAACUUUUAUGUUCUGCUCUUUCUCAUCAAAACUGCAAACUGGAGAAUCUAUGGUAA